AUGAGCAUUGACUUGAAUUGGGAAACGCUCACCUCCGGCCCCGACGGCGACGCCCUUGCUGAGAGCAUUCGCGCCUUUAUCCACUCCAAGUUUCAGACCAUUCCCCUCCCGCGAUUCAUCAAAUCGGUACACGUGCAUGGUUUCCACUUCGGCAGCAUACCACCGUCCCUAGAGCUCAAGGAUAUCACAGACCCGUUGCCAGACUUCUACGAACGGCAGGAAGGUGAUGAUGAGAGCAGCGAAGGGGAGGAGGAGGAGGAGGAGGAACGACCAGUGAAAGGCAAGGCGAGGGACAUCAGAGGCCAAGCUGGACAGGAUCUGCGCAGUCCAUAUCUGGGGACGAGCACACCAGGCAUUCUAGGUGGACCGGGCUUAAGCUACUUCCAAGGGCAUCAUUUUGGUCCUCACACAGGAGGAACGCAUACACCUCUUGCCGCCGUGGUGGCCCAACGGGGAGGCAUCAAUUCCUGGAUGGCGGGUACCUCGACUCCAGUAUCGCACCAUUCGCGAAACCUAUCGCAGAGUAGCAUAUCCGUGGAGGAUGGUCGACUGGGCGUUCUGCGGGAGAAACACAGCGUGAGCACGCUUGCCCCCACCGGCAGCGCCAACACGUCCCGGCCACCUACGCGGGAUGCGGCACAUUUCGAGGAGGCCAUUGAAGAGGAGUACAAUGGCGAUGAGCAGCCCGGAGAAGAGGGAGGCCAGAGGCGGCGCGAGCCGAGGGUGGAUGACGUCCAGGCUGUAUUUCGGAUCAAGUACGCGGGCGAUAUACGGCUGAACCUUACGGCGGAGAUUCUACUCGACUACCCGAUGCCCAGCUUCGUGGGGAUACCGCUCAAACUGAACAUUACGGGCUUGUCUUUUGACGGGGUGGGAGUGCUGGCGCAUAUACGCAAACGAGUCCAAUUCUGCUUCCUGAGCCCUGAGGACGCCGCAGCUGCGGUGCCUCCUGGCGAGCAAGACGAAGACCUCGACACCGGAGAAUCAGGAACACGGUUCGGCGGUUUGUUACAGGAGAUCAAGGUGGAGAGCGAGAUCGGAGAGCGAGACGGCGGCAAGGCGAGUCUGAAAAACGUGGGCAAAGUGGAGCGUUUCGUGUUAGAGCAGGUCAGACGUAUUUUUGAGGAGGAAUUCGUCUAUCCCAGCUUCUGGACGUUCCUUGUGUAG